ACGUCAGCAGCUAGCUGUGGAUGCAUGAAGGACAGAGAGCUGUUUGUCGCUUGAGGAAUCUCUCUCUCUUGUUUUCUUAUCUCCCAUUUUGACAAAGUUAGCUUUUACAGCUAGCUACCGUGUAAACGUCAUAUUAUAGGUUAUUCAUCUUGGCUCAACAAUGGCCUUCAGCAAGGGAUAUCGCAUCUACCACAAGCUGGAUCCACCCCCCUACAGUGUCAUAGUGGAGACCAGGACCAGAGAAGAAUGCCUCAUGUUUGAGUCAGGGGCUGUCGCAGUGCUCUCUGCAGCAGAAAAGGAGGCCAUUAAGAACACAUACACCAAGAUUGUGGAUGCAUAUGGAAUCCUCGGUGUCCUCCGCCUGAAUCUGGGCGACUCCAUGCUCCACAGUCUGGUAGUUGUGUCAGGAUGCAGCUCAGUGGGGAAGGUGCAGGACUCAGAGGUUUUCAGAGUCACACAGACAGACUUUAUAUCACUGAAGAAUGAUCCGGGAGAUGAGGACCGGAUCGCAGAGGUACGAAAGGUCCUGAAUUCCGGACACUUCUACUUUGCCUGGUCUGCCACUGGAGUCAGCAUGGAUUUGAGUCUCAAUGCACAUCGCAGGAUCCUAGAAGACACUACGGAUAACCGCUUCUUCUGGAACCAGUCUCUGCAUCUGCAUCUCAAGCACUACGGAGUAAACUGCGAUGAUUGGCUGCUGAGGCUGAUGUGUGGUGGCGUGGAGGUCAGGACCAUCUAUGCCGGGCACAAACAGGCCAAAGCCUGCAUCUUCUCACGCCUCAGCUCAGAGCGAGCCGGCACGCGUUUCAACGUCAGAGGGACGAAUGAUGACGGACAGGUGGCCAACUUCGUGGAGACUGAACAGGUCAUCUUCCUGGAUGACAAAGUCUCAUCGUUCAUCCAGAUCCGUGGGUCCAUCCCUCUUUUCUGGGAGCAGCCAGGAAUCCAGGUCGGCUCCCAUCGGGUCAAACUCUCAAGAGGAUUUGAAGCAAAUGCACCAGCGUUCGAAAGACACUUCACAGCGCUGCGGAGGUUGUAUGGAAAACAGGUGAUCAUCAACCUGCUUGGGAGUAAGGAAGGAGAACACAUGCUCAGCAAAGCAUUCCAAAGUCACUUGAAGGCCUCAGAGCACGCAUCAUUCGUGAAAAUGGUGAACUUUGACUACCACGCAAAUGUGAGGGGAGGUAAGGCCGACAAGCUUCACAGUGUCCUCAAACCUUACCUCAGCAAGUUCAUCGAGGAGUGUGGCUUCUUCUACUACUCGGGAGAGACCGGCAUCACAAGGACUCAGGGUGGGACCAUCAGGACAAACUGUCUGGACUGUCUGGACAGAACCAACAGUGUGCAGGCCUUUUUUGCCCUUGAGAUGCUGCCAAAACAGCUCGAGGAAAUGGGCCUGACAGAGAAACCUCAGCUGGUGGCCAGGUUCCAGGAGGUUUUUAGGACUAUGUGGUCUGCCAACGGAGACUCCGUCAGCAAGAUCUAUGCGGGCACAGGUGCCCUGGAUGGCAAAGCCAAGGCGGGAAAGCUAAAAGACGGAGCCCGUUCUGUGACUAGAACCAUCCAGAACAACUUCUUCGACAGCUCUAAGCAGGAGGCCAUCGACAUCCUGAGGUUGGGCUCCACGCUCAACAGUGACCUGGCAGACAAAGCUCGGGCCUUGCUCACCACAUCUAGUCUUUACGUCACUGAGCCGGUAUUACAAUCAGCUUCCCCAAGGGUUUUACUGGGAAUGUGUCAGAACUACCAAAAAUACACAAAGCCCAAGCAGAUCCGAGUGUGUGUGGGCACCUGGAACGUCAACGGGGGUAAACAGUUUCGAAGCAUUGCUUUCCGCAACCAGACUCUCAAUGACUGGCUGUUGGAUGCUCCAAAGAAAGCAGGGCAUCCUGAGUUUCAAGACACCAAAGCCAACCCCAUCGAUGUCUUUGCCAUCGGCUUUGAAGAAAUGGUUGAACUGAAUGCUGGAAACAUUGUCAGUGCCAGCACCACAAACCAGAAACUUUGGGCGGCCGAGCUGCAAAAAAACAUAUCCCGGGAUCACAAGUAUGUGCUGCUUGCUUCAGAGCAGCUGGUGGGAGUGUGCCUGUUUGUUUUUAUCCGCCCACAGCACGCGCCCUUUAUCAGGGAUGUAGCUGUAGAUACUGUGAAGACUGGAAUGGGCGGGGCUACAGGCAACAAAGGAGGUGUUGCCAUCCGCAUGCUGUUCCACACCACAAGCAUCUCCUUCGUCUGCUCCCACUUUGCUGCUGGACAGUCACAGGUCAAGGAGAGGAACGAUGACUACAAUGAGAUCACACGCAGACUCAGCUUCCCCAUGGGUCGUCUGCUGUACUCACACGACUACAUUUUCUGGUGCGGAGACUUCAACUAUCGGAUCAGCCUGCCCAACGAGGAAGUAAAGGACCUGAUCAAGCAGCAGAGCUGGGAUGCUUUGAUGGCAGGAGACCAGCUGUUGGACCAGAAGAAUGCUGGUUUGGUUUUCCGAGGCUUCAUUGAGGGGAAGUUAGAUUUUGCUCCCACCUACAAGUAUGACCUCUUCUCUGAGGAUUACGACACCAGCGAGAAAUGCCGCACGCCAGCCUGGACCGACCGCAUCCUCUGGAAGAGGAGGAAGUGGAACUUUGACAAAAUAGCUGAGGAGAUGAAUGUAGUAGGGGCAACUUCCACAUCUGGAGAGAAUGAGGAUGAUCCAGAACACCCUUGGAGCUCUGGGACUCUAAAGUAUUACGGCAGGGCUGAGCUGAAGACCUCAGAUCACAGGCCUGUGGUGUCCAUAAUAGACGUGGACAUCCUGGAAGUGGACCCAGAGGCUCGGCACCAGGUCUACAAAGACGUCAUCGCCCUGCAGGGACCUCCAGACGGCACGAUCCUGGUGUCGCUCUGCUCCUCCGGCCCGGACGACUUCUUCGACGAUCCCCUCAUAGACGAGCUGCUGGAGAAGUUUGCUAAUUUUGGAGAGGUCAUCCUCAUCAGGUUUGUGGAGGAGAAGAUGUGGGUGACUUUCUUAGAAGGUUACUCUGCUCUGGCUGCUCUGUCUCUCAGCGCUUCCUCUGUGCUCGGCAAGGUGAUUGACAUCCGUCUGAAGAGUCCCGGCUGGAUCAAGAAUAUGGAGGAUGAGAUGAGCGUGGAGAGAAUCUGUGGAAGCAUCCCCACCUCAGCCAGCUCCACGCUCCUUGCUGAGGACACUGACAUGGGCGACGAUGACUAUGAUAUGGAAGGUGAUGUGGAUGAUGAGGUGGAGGAGAUUCUUCCCCAGCACCUGCAGCCUGGAGCAGGCUCUGGCCCUGGAUCGUCCCCUCUCCCCUCCCCUCGCGGCAGCCCCUGUCCCUCCCCCACCCACGGCGAACCUGCAGCUCCCAGCAGGCCUGGCAGAUCUGCACAACCCCCUCGACCAUCACAAGGACCUCCUGUUGACUUCCAGCCCGGGGCCCCAACAUCUCUAAACCUGGAGCCCAAACGCCUGCCUCCCCCUCGUCCCAACGCUCCUCCAGCCAGACCAGCACCCCCUCAACGCCCACCACCACCAUCAGGACGAGGACAGGUAGCAGUAGGAGCCCCUGGACCAGGAAGUGUUCCCAGACCGAACAUCCCUCCUCGAGCUGGGGUAAUCAGUAUGCCCCCUCAGUCUCGCCCACCAGUUCCCUCUCACCCUGGAGCACCCAGACCCAUCCCAGAGGUACAUCCCGGGGCCCCUCGGCCCAUCCCAGACACCCAUCCAGGAGCCCCGCGGCCUGUGCCCAGCGGGCAGGUCAAACCACCUGACCUGCCUCUAGGUCCUCCCCCCUCAGGACCACCCCCCACAGAGAGACCCCAGGUUGCCGCACCUUCAGCCCAACUUCCUGCGCCCAUGCAGCCCUCGCUUCCAGCUCCACUCCAGCCAGCUGCUUCCGCCAGCGCUGCACCCGCCGGGCCUCCACAGGGUCUCUCCUCUCCUAAGCCCCCUCCACGCUCCCGCUCCUCUCAUGCCCUGCCGCCUGAUGCUGCCAAGUCUGAGACGGCCCCAGCUGCAGAGACUAACGGACUGAAUGGAAUCCAAAGUGAAGCACAAUGGAAGGCUGACCCCUUUGACUCACUCUCAACUGACUUCCUCUCCUCCUCCUCAUCCUCCUCAUCCUCCUCCUGGCACAACACUCAAUCCUUGAACAGAGGCUCCUCCCUGCGUGCUCCCCCCUCUGUUCCUCCAUCUAAGUUGUCCUCCAACACUCUCCCUCUAUCCUUCUCCCUCCAGUCGUCCGCUCUGUCGGACCUGCAGGCGCUCGAUUCGUCCUCCUCCUCCUUAGUCUCCACCCCGUCACCGUUUGCCUCCUCUCUGCUCCCACCCCCGCCAAUCCCGUCCCGUAGCCGCUCGCAGGAGACCCUACGUGCCUCCCCUUGCUCCUUCUCGACCGACCUGCUUCCUGCGAGACCCAACAGCACCAACCCCUUCACGAGCCCUCUGGCGGAGCAACAACAACAACAGCGUUCACUGACCCCAGAUUUUAGCAUACAACACCCUGCACCAAUGCUGAACCUUCACAGGACCAUGUCUGCUUUCACACAGCCACUCAUCCCAACACAAGCCCCCCCCUCCCAGCUCCAAAGGACCGCAUCCCUGUUUGCACCUUCACCUGCUCCUCUGCUGCUUCCUUGCCCCCCUGACCCCUCCCCCACUCCGUCCUUACCUCUUGCACCACCUUCCUUCCUUCCUCCUGCCCUAGCUCCUCGUCGCCAGGCGCCUCCCCCGGCAGGGAAACCAACCAAGCAGUGGGUCACUUUCGAUGAGGACUUCGACUUUACACCAAAAACCAAAACACCACAGGCCCCAAUUUUCCCGUCCAGGUCUCAGACUCUGCCGCAGCCUGCUCGCUCCGUGUUCGACUCGGACCCCAACUGGGAGCCCGACUGGUUAACCUCCACCCCUUCGGUUUUCCCAACCCUCCCUCCUCCCAUCCCAACCAGAACUGCAACCACAAACCCCAAGCUCCCAGAGGGGCCCAGUGAUGACUGCUUCUUCCCCAGGGAGUCCACAGAAAGAUAGGAUCACUCUUAGAGUCUUAAAGGGCAUAUCCAGAUAUGUAUAGAUCUAUGAUAAAUGUGUAUAUGUUUGUGUGUAUGUACAAAAGAGACAGUAUUUAAGAAGUAUAGACCAAUUCCCUCCUGAAACACAGCAGAGGAUUUCUAUGUUGGAGAUAUGAGACGUGUACGAUCCUUAAAGUGCGUUCAAACUUUACCACACAGAUGUUCGCUUUGUGCCCUGAUAUUAACAUUUAUUUUUAAUAUGAAUCCAUCUGAUUUUUAUUUGUAUUUAUGGCAGCAAACAUGUGUCCAUGUGUCCACAGUAUAUAUACAGUUCUAUAUAAAUCACACGCAUAUGCACAAAAUCAUGUGUGCUACCACUUGUGCAAUAUCAAGACAUGUCUGUGUGGCCGUGCAGCUUUCUGUGUCACCGUUACAUGCGCUGCGACACUCUGCGCUUCAUAUCCAGAUCCAUUCGUAUCUGACUGAUCUAUAUCAAAGCCGGAUUGUCAGAGCAGAGGUAACGCUCUACUUUCUCUACAGUGUAAGCUCUGCAGGUUUUACAUUUAUCUCUUGCUUUGACUUGGAAAUAUUCCGUCUCUGUUAUUUUCUGUCUGAGGGGCUGCAGAUUUAAAAGUCACAUCCAGCUCUCCCUCUUAUCAUGAAUGUACUUUUACGUUGCACUGGCUUCUUCAUCGCUUUCUUGCCGACACCACAGCGCAGAACAAGACAGCCAGACAGUGUUGCACAGCCACGCACAGCUUCAGGUCUGAUGCUCUGUAAUAUCAGCUCAUCUCCUUCGUUCUCUCUCUCUCUACGCAGCCAUCGUGUCAUCCAUGAGAGUUUAUGCUUUGCUGCAUAAAUGUGGUAGCUCUAUAUUCAAACCUAUACAUAGUGAUCAUGUAUAAAUGUAGAUUUUCAGAAUGAAAACUACUCGCUUAAUGUGGCGUGUGUGUGUGUGUGUGUGUUUGUGAAGAUAUCAGUGGUUUGCACAGUGUAACAGACGAGCACUGAAAGCGCUCUCUUGGUUGUGUUCUUGAUGACGGAUCCGUUGUCGGUGACUUUCCACAUCUCUGUUUUCUCCCUCCUUGAUUCAUCCGAAGCAUUUACCAUACUGAUGUUGUAAAUCCAGAGAAUGUGGCUCAUGUGUGUGGGUGGGUGUGUGUAUACUUCUCUUACAUAUACGUACGAUAGGGUCAGUAAGACAUGGAUCGUAAAAAUGAAAGGGCAUUUUUUUUUUUACUGAAAUGUUUGUUCAUGCUUUUAAAUUCCAGAAACACUCAAAAUAAUCUCCUGUGAAUACUAUGGUGAGAAGUAAUGUGUUGUGUUUGAGGUGCAUAUCGUCUGUUGUGGUGUUUGUGUUUGGAUGUGAGUGUGUGUACAGAGUUAAGAGUGAAAUACCGGAGUUUUGUUUUCCCCUACCAGGACAUGUUUUUGCAAACAGGCCCCAAACUUUACAUUCACUCACUCAUGACUGUAAGUGUGUAUUUCCACUCUGCAGCCUGUCACAGGCAGCACUGUAUGUAAAAAAAUAACCCAAGACAAAGGACUCUUUUCCCCUCUAAGCACCUAACACCUGAGUGAGGUUCUCCUCUGUAGCAGCACCAGUACAGUUGUUCACCACUUUGACUGAAUAUACAGACUCAUCACCAGAUACACAUUUCCAGUCGAGUGUUUGUUGUUUCCUUACAAGCCCACAUUCCAGACAGCAGUGUGAUUUUGAGUGUUGGGUGUCAAACUCUCCUCAGUCUUUACAGACUGUCUUGUUUUAUCUAUCCUGUAUCUGUUUUCUCCAGCUGAGAGGAACAGUGACUGAUCCUCGCUGAUUUCAGGUGGUGUGGUGUUGCCUGAGGUGAUUUCAGUAUUUCACUUUCAACUAUACACUGCUGUUCAGUUUAGCUGGUAGCUGGUUCGGAGCAAAGUUGUCAUGCAAUCGUUUUGAAAAAGGUUCAUUAAGAGUAAAAUCCUCCCUUAACAUUACAAAUGCACUCUGAUAUCGUCCAAUCAGACAUCGUUUCUCCCAAAGCUUCAGAAAUGUCGCAACAAACAGGCUGAAAUGUCUGAUCACGAUUUGGAUGAAGGAUAUCUCACCCAAGGAAAUAACCAAGUUAUGCUUUUGCGCUUUUUUUUUUAAACACAAUGUAAAAUACAACAGUAAUCUUCAUUCACUGCACUGAAAAAGCAGUCGCUAUCUAUGUAAGCAAGUGUAUCAGGUUGCCUCUGCUUACAUGUCGGUGUCAUCUGUUAAAUGCAUUUAUCGUGUUAUCCAAACGUGUGCAGUAGAUUCUGGUUCUGCAUUAACAGUAGUUGACUAGCCAGCGCUUCGUGUCAUGUUCAAAUUGAGGUUUUAUAGGAAAACAAAUUGCUCCUUUUGUGAGGUCAGUGUCCCUUUUUAUGGCUAUAAUCCAUAGUAAGUAAGAGUCUGUGUUGUUGAACAUAUCAUAUGUAUUAAAAAGAAAACAUGAAGCUGCGAUUCAUGUUAAUAUCCAACGUUCCAUAUUUUAGUGCACAGCAGAUUGCACAUUUAUGUAUGAAGCAGUUUAUGUUGUAUGUAUGCAAAAAUAAAUGUACCUUUACCUCAG